AUGUUUGAAAUCGGACGAGUUUUGCACCCACCAAUCACCAUGGCUUCGCCGAAUCGCAAUAACUACAGCUACCAAGGGUUAGGAUCUUAUGAUUCCGGCCGUUCCAGGCAAAACUCGGGGGCCAUGGACAUUCACGUCCUCACAGGUCAAGAACCUCCUCGAGAACCCCCACCCAACGAUGAUCCUUAUGAUGGUCAUGGGGGUCCAGAUCAGACAAGCCGUUAUACUAGGCCUCCAAACAGAUGGCUCUUCUAUGAAGAAAAUGGGAGAACAUAUCAUGGUUAUCGCAGAGGAGUUUACCCGCUGCCAUGUGAUGAAGAGGAGCAGGACCGUCUCGAUAUUUUCCAUAAGCUGUUCACGGUAGCACGGGUGUCCGAGAGCUUAAUUUACGCACCUCACCCCCCAAAUGGUAGAUUCCUAGAUCUGGGAUGCGGCACUGGGAUCUGGGCCAUUGACGUGGCCCAUAAGUAUCCCAAUGCUUUCGUGGCUGGGGUAGAUCUAGCACCUAUACAGCCUCCCAACCACCCUGACAACUGCGAGUUCUAUGCGCCUUUUGACUUUGAGGCGCCAUGGACACUUGGGGAGAACUCUUGGGAUCUAAUCCACCUACAGAUGGGUUCCGGCAGUGUUCUGGGCUGGCCGAAUCUCUACAAGCGAAUCUUAAGGCAUCUUCAGCCUGGGGCAUGGUUUGAACAAGUGGAAAUAGAUUUCGAACCCCGCUGCGAUGAUCGCUCCCUGGAUGGACUGGCACUCCGGGAAUGGUAUCAAUACCUAAAGCAGGCGACACAAGAUACUAUGAGGCCCAUAGCGCACAGCUCCCGGGAUACCAUCAGACACCUUGAGGAGGCAGGCUUCACUCAAAUCGACCAUCAGAUGGUGGGGUUGCCUCUCAACCCUUGGCACCAUGAUGAACAUGAGAAGAAGGUAGCCCGUUGGUAUAACCUUGCCAUCUCUGAAAGUAUCGAGACGCUCAGCCUCGCCCCUUUCAGUCGUAUCUUUCACUGGGACUUGGAGAGAAUCAGACAAAUCACGGCGGAGGUUAAGUCACAGGCCUUCAACAAGGAAAUCCACGCUUACAACAUCUUACACAUAUACCAGGCACGGAAGCCGGGCGGCCCGUCCCUAUGAAAUUGCUGAAAUAAUUACGACAGCGCCGGCUGUAAUGCAAAUUUCAUUUCGGAUACCCAUAUACAGCCUUUUGUGGGAGGGUCCUCCUAUCUGUUUACUUCUUUUUUCCAUUCCCUUUUUCCUUGAUGGGAACAAGUGACGACCGAUCCCGUCUCCUUGACGGGAUCAUACUGAAUUGCAUAUACACCAGAGCGAGCAGAGUCCACAAAACCACUCAUGGACUCGAACUCGUGACCAACACUGCUUUUUUGAAGCACGAAUGCCAGGAACGCAGGCAGGCCUAUCUUGUAAUUUUGCCUACUCUAGUGCAGACAGCCGAACGGCACAAGAAUUUUGCGGACACGAUGUAUAUCGCCAUUCACACUAUGAGGAUGAUUGCCGUCUCAGGAAAUACUGCUCGAGUUGAGGAAUUUUGAAGCUCUUCGAGAGGAUGAGAUGCCGGUGUCGAAACUCACAGAAGUGACACGACGACUCUAGAGUAUCACCUUUGCC